GAGCAUCUCACACAUCUGAAGAACACAGGGACAUUGAGAACAUCAAUAGCAUCGCUCAUUUUCAUACAGUAUUCUGAGAUAACCUAUUAUUGGUGUUGCAUGUAAAAGAUCAAGAUAACUUGCUAAGCAAUAGGAAGGUGAAGGAAUUUACAUUUGAUUUUGCAAUUUCUCUGUCUUUUGGGAUAAAACAGCAGCAGGUUGUGAAGUGGUGAAACAGAGGAGCACAAGGACUCUUACUGUUAAUGUGAAGCUGUCCAGGUGAAGGACUUGGCUUGCGCCAUCCUCCCUUUGCAGGACGCUGAAGGAGCUGGCGGGGUUUGUUCAUGCUGACUGCUGCAGUUGGACAGACAAUAACUCAGUGUGCCACAGAGACUGAAAUCAUCUCAAAAUGGACCAUCAGGACCACAUGAAUUCUGGACAGGUGGGUGACUCUCAGCACUCUCCUGGGAACAACAUAGCAUCUGGAGUAGCCAACAUGACCAUCGGUGAUAGCCAUCAACAAGACAUGAAGAAUGGGAGAGCAGCGCAUAUGGGACCGGGUGAUGGGCCAGUGAAAGAGGACACACAUGAACCGACGCCAGAGGUGACCACCCAAAAGCCUGUUUUAGAAGACUCCAAACCCAAGCCCUCCUUUGAUAAAGAUGUUCCACUGGAAGAUUUAACACCUGGAAGUCUGCCCGAGAGUGGCCGGAGCAGUGCGGCAUCAGUGGAUGGGGAGGGAGAGCGAGAGAAUGGGCAAAAGGAGAGCUCUGUCAGCUCAAGAGAGUCUCCAGUGUCUCCACAUCCACUACCGACAACUCUAGCUGAUGAUAUGGGUUCAGGGAUCAUGGGCUUUGACAGCCAGGUGAAGAGGAGUCCCUCAGAAAAGAUGACUGACCAUCAUAGUACCAGUGGCUCUGAGGAGGAGGAGAAAGAAGAAAAUGAGUUGGAGAAAUCUGAGAGAAGAUAUGGUUCUCCUAGUGCGGAAGAAGCUCCCAGAAGUGCUAUCAACAUUAAAGAGGACGAAGAAGAGGACAAAGAAACAGUUAGUGAUGAAGAAGAGGAAGAAACUGGAAUUUCUUUGGUGCCCUGUUCUGCCACCCCAGACUUGACAACCCAGAAAGGUGAAAGCAUUGACGAUGAAAAAGAAACCCCUUCUCAUCUUCCCAUGACUCCAGAGGAAGCUAAAAAACGUGGCCUAUCGUUUGACUACACAGAACCUCAGGAUCCCAGUCGUCAAAGUGGUCCUGUGGGCUGGGAAUGCAGCUCUGACAAAACACCACCAGAAAGCAAGAGCCCCGACUCCUGCAGGGCUGAUCCGGGAUCACCUCUUUCUCCCAGUGCUGCUGCCGAACCUAACCAAGAGGAAUCAUCUCUAACAGACUUACAAACAGAUGCUCAGGAGGAAGAAGAGGAAGUAGAGGUACCAGAACCUGAACAAGUAGAGGAGGCAACAACCAUUUCUCCAUCCUUCCAAGAAGUUGCUGCGCCCAAGAUACAGCCUAAGGCAGAGGAACAUAGAGAACAUGAAGAAGAAAAAGAGAUCAAGCAUGAGAAAUAUUUGGAGACGAGCGAUGAUGAUCAAAUUGAUACGGAGAAGGUAAAGCCUGUUGCCAAACCUGAGCCUGUUGCUGUUCCCCAACCUGUUGCAAAAACCGAACCUGAAGCUAAGGAUGCCGUUAAGCCCGGUGCCCAAUUAAUGGCCACAAAAGCACCAAGCAAAGCAGCUCCUAUCAAAGAAUCUCCUGCAGAAAAAACAAAGAAACCCGUCGCUACAGUUGCUGCCACUCCUUCCCCUAAAUCUGCUCCUAAACUUCAGAAAACUCCCUCUAAAGAUGCUGCUCCGGCCAGAAAAGCAAGUGUCCCAUCCAAAGCCAAGGCUGGAGCAGGGGCAACUCCUGAAAAAAAGGCUGGAGAUGCCAAGACAAAGACGGCAGGUGCCAAACCCCAAGGAGUUGGCAUCAAAAUCCCUGCUGCUUCGCGGAUGGAGCAGCGAAAGGCAGGACCAGGGUCCAUUGAAAGAGCUGACUCACCUAAAACCCCAGACCGUAGUGGUUGCAGCAGCCCAGCCAGUCGGUCCUCCACCCCUGGACAACAGGUGAAGAAAGUAGCGGUGGUGCGCACCCCUCCCAAAUCACCUGGUUCAUUGAGAUCUCGCGCCCCGAUCACUCCUGUUGCACCCAUGCCUGACCUGAAGAACAUCAAGUCCAAGAUCGGCUCCACCGAGAACAUCAAAUACCAACCUGGAGGCGGGAAGGUUCAGAUAGUGCACAAAAAGAUCGACCUAAGCAACGUCCAAUCAAAGUGUGGCUCCAAGGUCAACAUUCAUCACAAACCGGGAGGUGGAAAUGUGGAGAUCAAAUCUGAGAAGCUGGAUUUUAAAGGCCAGUCAAAAGUUGGAUCUCUGGAGAACAUUGGACAUGUUCCUGGGGGCGGACAGAGGAGGAGGGAGAAGGGGAAGGAAGCAGAGCCGCAGGCCGCGAAUGCUUCCUCUAAUGGGGACGCUGUUCACUCUAAUGAUGUGGACAUGACCUUUGACCUUCCCUCCUCUGAAGGGAACAGUCUGGUUAAGUCAGAGGGCCUCAAUUGAGAGCCACAAGCUAAGUUUCCGAGAGCAAGCCAAAGCGCGCACCGACCACGGCGCUGAGAUCGUGUACCAGUCCCCCGACAUUUCCAUGGAUGGAUCGCCCCGUCGCCUUAGCAACGUGUCUUCCUCCGGCAGCAUCAACAUGACCGACUCCCCACAACUGUCCACGCUAGCUGAUCAGGUGUCGGCCUCCCUCGCUAAACAAGGCCUGUGAGCUGCCGGCACCAAAC